GUGCUGCAAAAAUGCUGCUCUCCGUACCGCCAAGGACAGGAAUCAACCCAUACGGCGGUUAUACCAGCAGAAAUAGUAAGAAGGGGUUUGGCCUGUUUUAAGUUGGAACUGCAUGAGGAAUAGGCCAAACAAGAGCUCACACCUGCAUGCCUAUAUUGAAGAUUUGGUGGCACAGGUUGAAAAUAGUCAGCAGUUUUUUUCUUGGACCUGUAACAGCACAAUUUUCAUCAACAUGAUCUUCUCCACUGUGCCUUUUAAAAUCCCUUUUACCAAGCAGCAAACGUAUGUGUCCUCCAACUAUCAGAUGGCCCCAACCAGUCCCAACACUACCCCUGGGAGCAGCAGCAAUGGCAGCAGCAGCAGCAGUGGAGGAGGAGGAGGUGGAGGAGACCAGCUGAGUAAAACCAACCUCUACAUCCGUGGCCUCCACCCAGGAACCACAGACCAGGACCUGGUCAAUCUCUGUCAGCCCUAUGGGAAGAUCGUAUCCACCAAAGCCAUCUUGGACAAGUCCACCAACAAGUGUAAAGGUUAUGGCUUUGUUGACUUUGACAGUCCGGCCGCAGCACAGAAGGCGGUGACAGCGCUGAAGGCAGGGGGCGUCCAGGCCCAGAUGGCCAAGCAACAGGAACAAGACCCCACCAACCUGUACAUCUCCAACCUGCCUGUGUCCAUGGACGAGCAGGAGCUGGAGGCCAUGCUGAAGCCCUUCAGCCAGGUCAUCUCCACACGCAUCCUCCGUGACGCCGCCGGGAACAGCAGGGGGGUCGGCUUCGCCAGGAUGGAGUCGAAGGAGAAAUGUGAGACCAUCAUUCAGCACUUCAACGGCAAAUAUAUCAAAACCCCACCAGGUGUUCCUGUGCCAGCAGAGCCCCUCCUGUGUAAAUUUGCAGACGGAGGCCAGAAGAAGCGCCUCAGCCAGGGGAAGUACCUCCAGAGCGGCCGGCCUUGGGGCAGGGACGGAGACACGGGAGGGAUGACAUUGGCGUACGACCCCACCACAGCCUUACAGAAUGGAUUCUACUCGUCUCCCUACAGCAUGGCUCCUAACCGGAUGAUUGCCCAGACCUCCCUCUCUCCGUACAUGCAUUCCCCAGUGUCUACCUACCAGGUUCAUAACCCCUCCUGGAUGCAUCACCAGUCAUACCUCAUGCAGCCCACAGGGGCAGUGUUGACGCCAGGGAUGGACCACACCAUGUCCAUCCAGCCCACCUCAAUGAUGGGACCUCUUACCCAACAACUUAGUCACCUCUCCAUGGCCAACGCUGGCACGUACAUGCCUGCUAACGCAGCUAUGCAGGGGACUUUCAUACCCCAGUACACACAAGUGCCUCCUGCCAGCGUUUCAGUUGAGGAAAGUGCCGUCCAACAAGUUGCCAUAGAGACACCCACAGAACACACAGCCUACUCUUACCAGCAUGGCAAGUGAGGACAACACAGAGAGGUGGAGUCAUUGUCACAGGCCUCUGCCCCCUGUCCUGCUCGGUGUUUGGACUGUGGGGCCUGGGGGAGGACUAGGAACUGUUGCACAGUGGACCUUUACUUUACAAUAGAAACUAUACUUUAACCAGACAGGAAGAUGACAGUGGAACAUGUUUAUGUGGAACAAGAACGGAGCGUCUAUUUUGAUAAGAGAAACUACUCGUCCAGUCAACAACAACAAAAACGAAAACAAAGCAGGAUGACACUUUUGUGUGUGUGUGUGCGUGCACAUAAUUAUAUCAAGAGAUUUUCUACAAACAUUCUGGGGCGUUGUAAUGGAACCAGGAACAGGGAAGCGACGUGUCAUGUACAUUUUCUUUUUUCUAUUUAGUUUUCUUAUUGCUUUGAAUCUGUAUUUUCUGUACAUAUUUCAAGAGUCUCUUCUUCAGUCUCUUCCCUCUUUACUCUGCCUUGUUCUAUUUAAGUACUUUCAUGUUUUUGAAGAGAGAAGGCUAUGUACUCUAAAAUGUCUGCAACUGGGGCCAGUGUUGGUGCCAUCAAGCACAGAUUUGAUUCAGAACAAAUAUUUCAGAAUAGAACAGAAUUAAAAGUGUUCUUAUCUCAUAAUUUUGGCACUUGCGUUCAUAUGUUACAAAAAACAUCACUAAAAUGUAUUCUAUGUUAUAACAUACCAACAGUCUGGAUAUGCAGAAAAAGCUACAGACAAUCAAUACAUCAAUGGAUUUGAUUGUUAAUGUUAGGAAUAUUAUGUUGAGAUAUAAAGAGCUAAUGGCUUCAAAUUGUAUUGAUCAACAAUUUCAAAAGAACAACUGUCCCUGCCAAAACACUGGUAGUGAACAGUCAACUGGCUUCUUCUUUUAGUGGCUUGGGAAGCUCCUUUCCUUCAAACACUUUGUGUUUCUUUUGUCAAAGUCUUCGAAUGAGAUGAUAAUUUUAUUUUGAUCAAAAUAAACAAUGCCAUUAACCAGUGGCGGUCCUAGCACAUUCGGCGCCCUGGGCAAGAUGUAUGAACAGGGCCAGGACUGGUCCUGCCAUUAACAACGGCUUCUUCUGGUUUCACUUAGCUGAAUGGUCUCUAACAUUCAUCGUUUUUAUCUUGAUUUACAGACUUUUAUUUAAAGAACGUUCCCAGAGAUUUUUUAUUCAAUUUUAAUACUUUUUAGAUCGACCAUAUUUUUCAAGAGGUUUUGACUUUAUUUUUGGUAGUGUGCUUUGUGCUUAAAGUAGUGAAAUGUUCUUUUGGACAGUAGAUAUAAAUGCUUUUUAAGAUUUUAAGGUGCUCUGUCCGUGUAAUAAUGCUGUAAUUACACAUUUCUAUUACAUUAACUUUCUAUUUAUUAAUUUAUAUUGAAUUCGACCAGUCAUUAUUUUAUAUUGACCAAAACCUAUCCAUCUUUUUUCAAAUAUUGUAUUAGUCAACAUAAUGAAACUAUUGAUGAAUUACAGCAUUAUUAAACAGUAUUAGAGUGACUUAAUGUACAGUGUGAUCAAUCCUGCUUUUAUAUUAGUAUUGUGUUUGGCAUUUGGCUAUUUUUAUGAUUCUUUAUGUCUGGUUUUAUUGUUGAUCAGAUCAGAAGGCUGGAUGGGUCAGAUGUUUGUAAUCUCUGCGUCACGUUGGCACUUCAGUACUUUCACAAAAGUGAACAAAUAUGUCUGGGAAGUAAAAUAUUUUAACUGGAAUUUUCUCCCAAGUGUUUAGGGGAUAAUUCAAGAUAAAUGUUAAUACAGAUUACUCAUGCUAGUGGACGAUACAUUCAGCUGGGUGUUUAAAAGCAAGGUUCUGGGAUGUUCUGAAAGGCAGUAACCACAGUAGACCUCAAACCUACCCACAGCUGGUACUGUGGCCAUAGUAUCCUCACUCUUCCGUCCAAUGUUGGAAGAACACACCCACCCGCAGUCAGUCGUCCAAUAAUGCUGUUUUGUUUUCAAAAUAGCUGGUGAUCUAUGCAACAGAUUUAUUGUUCUGAAAGCAAUACUGCAGAUAUACCAGAUUCUUUCAUAUGAUGGUGCAUGGGUGUUGCUCCCAUGAUGGUAGGACAAAUAACUUGCUUUGAUAUCAACAGAUGUAUGUUUUAUUUGAUUUAAACAUAACUGUCCUUGCUUCCUGUCCAUCUAAUGGUAAAGAAAUGAUGUGCAAAAAGGGAAUUUUAGUGAUUGGAGGAAAUCCCUCAACACUAUAGCUUGUGAACAGACCACAGGAUACUGGCCACCUGCCAUCCAUUCAAAUGGAACUGUCCUUGACGUUUUAGAACAAACAUGUUUGAUAUUAGUUUUGUGUUACUACCAAAGAUGUCAUCAAAUGGGCGGUGGUCCGGUAAGCUGUUUCACCCAUAUUGGAGCAAUGUCGUUUUCUCAUUCUUACUUUCUAUUCCUGUUUGAUGCGCAUAGAUGGGGAUCUUAAAAUCUGGUUUUUAGUUCAUGGUCAUUGUGGAAUGACAAUAGAUGGUUUGCUUCCAUCAGAAGAUAAGUAGUAACACUUUUUCACAGAAAUGCCUUAGCUGUCACUUGGGAAAGACGUAAAAAGGUGCUACUCAAAUUAAAUGGAUUUCUGUUAACUUUGAUCAUGCACUGCUUAGAUGUUUCAUGUUUUGUUAUGCAUUGAUGUACAUUUGGAUCAAAUCACUUCAAUGACGCAUUUGUCAUGACACAGGAAAGACGUUUUGACAAAUAAAUUACUGUUUCGAGUCCAAACCAUAGUUUGUGAGGUUUUCUGAAACCAAAUCAUUUUCCAGUCCAUCAUUAUUCAAGAUUUUCUUAAUGCAUUUGUCCUUUUUCAGAGUUCACUGAAUGGUUCACUAAAAGGUUUAAAACAGAUUAAAUAUUGUGCUGCUAAUUUUAGAUUUGGAAGUAGGUUACUAUUGUGUAUCUAGAAUGAAAUAUACAGUGGGUUGAAUGACUUUUCUGAAGUCAAAUGAUGUGGAAAUAUCACUGGUGAAAAAAAGGUCUGGGUAGUUGUUUAGAUGAUCAUGUGUAUCCAAUGGCAAAUGUUCAACUUGUUUGGUUUCUCAGUUAUUUGUCCUGUUGUGCCACGUGUUUCCCUUGUAGAAAACUAUGGCUUUGAAUAUGUUUUUUCGUGUAAUGUUUUUGAGCUGGGUAAAUUUUUUAAUUAAAAGUACUUGUUUUUUUCA